CGCCAUCUUCCACAGCAAACUUGUGGCUCUUUACGCAUUCGCAUCAUUCUUUCUCACUUCCAGCUUUGAAGUACAUUACAUUGCAUCUAGCAUCAUCCGUGGUUACAUCUCCUAUCCACCUGCAAUCCACACCCACCACCAUCCGGUAUUCCCGGUAUUCCACCAUAUAUAUCCAGUCACAUCUCAAUCCCACAACUAACCCCUCACCGGCCCAUUACCACAACCAAACCGAGCCAUCAUGUCCUCAACCACCCCAUUGAACACCCACCCGCACGAACAACCCCAAUCCGACCCUCUUCCACCGCACCUAGACCCCCAAACCUACCCCCGCACAACCACCAACCCAACCCUGAACACCCACAUCCACCUAACCUACGACCCCCUCGACCCAACCGCCGCACUAUCCAAAAUCUCCUCCCCCAACGCCGGCGCCAACGUGCUCUUCCUCGGCACCACGCGCAACUCCUUUGAAGACCGUCCCGUUGCCACACUAAGCUACACGGCGUACCCGCUUCUCGCCCUGAAGACCUUAUCCAAGAUUGCAGCGGAUGCGGUGGAGAAACACGGCCUGCUGGGGGUGGUCAUUGGGCAUCGGUUGGGGGAUGUGCCGAUUGGGGAGAGUAGUAUUGUGAUUGCGGUGAGUGCGGGACAUCGCGGGGCGGCGUGGAGGGCGGGUGAGGAGGUGUUGGAGUUGUGUAAGGAGAAGGCGGAGAUUUGGAAGAGGGAGGUGUUUGUGGAUGGGGAGGAGGAGUGGAGGGCGAAUAAGGAUCGCGAUGCGGAGGGGAAUUUGGUAUGAAAGUGAGAGUGAGAGUGAGUCCUAUUUUACAAUCACAGAGUAGGGUAUUGCCUAUGAUACACGCGCUCGCAGACGAUUUAGUCCUUCUUGAGCGGCUUGCCCUCCCGCUUCCAAUCGUUGAUAUGUUCCAUGAUGGUUCUCGUGGCCGUCUCGGGCGUGUCCUGACGACCAAUACACUCGACGAAGUCAUUGUCGGGGUCUAAAAAGUCAGCUUCCUGCCACCAUAAAACCAGGGAACGAAAACCUACCCAUCAGAUAGAAAUAGAU